CGAUAACUAAUAUAUAUCUGUGGGUCGAUUUUCCUCACGUCAACAGAAUUCUCCUGCUGUCCUGUCAGCUGUAUUAGAAAUAUUAGCGAUUAAAUAUUUAGUGAAACAAAUAGCUUAAACAAUGUCUUUCGGCGAUAAAAUAGCGUCAAUAAUGGAAAGACCCGGACAGGAUCCAGUCACCAAAGAUGAAGUGCCUUGGUGGAUGAAGUACGCUGGUCGCGGCGUAGGAACAAUCGGUGGUUUUUUUGCUAUCCUCCUCGGAGCAUGGGGUUGCGUUGGUAUUAUAACAGGAUCGGUAUCUGCUCUGAUCGCUGGCAUGUGGCAGAUGGUCGCAGGUUUUCUCGUCAUUAUAAUUGAGGCGCCAUGCUGCUGUCUUUUCAUCGACUUUGUACAGAACCUCAGUGACUGGGUGGAUCGAAAACCUUAUUGGCAAAGAGCCGCUGUUUAUUGCCUAAUUGCGCUUCCAGCUGUUAUUCUCGAUGCUGGAUUGGGCACCAUAUUUGGUAGUGGUUUGAUAUUCGCAACAGGAAUAAUAUACGGCUUAAUGUCCCUCGGAAAGAAAGCUUCGGUGGAUGACAUGAGAAUGGCAGCAGCAGUUGAGACGCAAGUAACACCAGGUUCAAACAUGAGAUCAACGCUUGUAGAAAACGCGCAUCCUAUCGGAUUUUCAAUUGCGCCUGACAGCAACGUCUGAUCAUAUUAGUUAGUCUUAAAUCAAUUAAAAUAGUAGCUGAGUUGACGAAAUUUCAAUCACUAUAUAGAUCUCGGUGUUUUUUGUUCAUGUAUUUAAUUCGAUUAAUUUCAUUUCUUGCGAAUAAUCAUAGUAGAUUUAUGAUACAUAUUUCUAUCGGAGCAACUGAUAAUGAUUCGUUUGAUUGACUAUAGAAAUCAUUUUCUAGUGUGUUAUAAAUCGAUUAUUUUUCACUGUAAAUUAAACAAACAUUGCGUGUAUAAUUUUCAAACUUCAACUACGCUUCGUAAAUUUAGGUAAGCUCACUUUCAGAAAUGGUAUUGUGCAAUUUCUAUGCACACAUACACGCGUGCACAUAGCUUCAAGUCGUAAAAGCUGCCCAACAUUACCUGAGUUUUGUGGAAUACUUUAAUCAUGUAUGCAGUUAACUUGCUUAAUAUAAGGUACUCGAGGUAAGGUAGACAACGGGUUGCUCCAGGUUGCUCCGAAAUGAAGUAAAAAAAAAUUGUCAUUUGUAGUCAAAAUCAUGUCAUAAGUUAUAGCUAUUGCUUAUGAGGCCAAAGUAAAUGAACGACCAGUCUUGAGUCGAAGUUAGUUGCUUGUUCGUAAACUCAGCUAUUACGAAGUCAGACGUUUAAACGUGUCAAAGUGCUUGAAUAUCAACGAGUUCAGCCAAAAGUUAUAUUUUGUAUUCAGCAUUUGAAUUCAAUAGUUAAUUUUCAAGCAAUUAGCUGAUGGCAUAAUUGGUACAUUAUCCGCGCAUGGAAAAUGUUAUAAGAUCUCAAAUACUGAAUACAAGUGUGGAUAUAAUUUUUCUUUUAAAAAAAUGGUGUGUCUGGUCAUUGAUAAGUGUCUUUCAAAGGAUUGUGCGGUACAGCUAAUUUAUCACGUGCAUAUUGAGCGAUGUAUUUUUAUUUUUAACCCGUUGACGUCCGCCUGUCUUGACGAACAAAACUACAGAUGUGUUAAUUUUAUGCAAAUUAUUAUUGAACAACAAAUUUCACAACGUCGAUAAUCGACAUAAAACCACACCGAUAGUAAUUGCGUAAACCGAAUAGUCUUUUUGGCAGUCUAAAUCAAUAUAAGUGAUAAUUGUUGUAAUCUUAAGUAAAUUAUUUUUUCCUUUUUUUCUUUGUCCCAUAGUAUUACGUUAGUCUUAGUAAGUAAUUGUAAAUUAAUUUUUUCCAGUAUUUGAUUCAUACAAAUUGUUGCCAAUUAUACAAUUGUUAUAUCAAAGAAAUUCAAUUUUUGAAUGCGUACGUAUACUGCGAUUCUGAUGUUACUUCAUAGCAGGCUGUGAAUGUGAAAUAAUGAACGGACACAAAUUAGUAAAUACUAAACGAUAUCUAGUGGAUUUAUGUGAGCAAACAGAUAAAAAGGGUACCAAUACCAGUUUAACGGAUAAUGGAAUAGACUUUCGGACAUCAAUGGGUUGACUCCUUUCCCUCUGUCAAAUGCACUGCGGUUUUACAUCGACUAAUUGUUAGCCUUCCGAUCCGUGUCUUCGUUUAAUUUCUAGAAUGUAGAUUCUUCUUGAUUCCAUUAGAUUUGAGAAAUAAAUAUUGCCAAUUUUGUCAGUUUAACAAGUACUAUUAAAUUCCUGAUUUCACUUUUUUCGACAGAGGAAAGAGGAAAGUCGUUAACAUAAUACACAUAUUCUGGCACAUUCUAGUAAUUGUUCUUACAUCCCUUUUCAUUUGUUCCUUUCAAUGCUGAAUGUGCCAAGUUAAUAAUUGCUCACUAUGAUUAUAACUGAUUUUAUUGUGAUCCAAGUUUUAUUAUUCCAAUAAUUAUGAUGUCAUGAAUUUUCUUGUGGUAUCAUGUGUUUUGAACACGUGCCAUUCCACUAUGCCAAAUGUUGUUUGAUGUUUUUUCUCUGCACUUUUCAAACAGCCGAGUUAUCAUUCCACAUCCCAACGAAACUACUACACAACAUAUUUUUCUGUCGACUCCUUUAAAUUAAAAAACAUAUUUAUUAAGAGUAAAAGACUAAAUGAUAUCCUCGUUACUACCCCUAAAUGGCUCAAGUUUUCACGAAAAUUCCAGUGAAACACGAGCCUUCAUAUCAAUGUCAUAUUCCCGAUUAGUAUUCUUGUUGAAAUUAUGCAACGAAUUUCUUAGCAUUCACUAAAUUUUACAGCUGAUGUAAUUUUUUUGUUGGUAUUCCGAGAAAAGAGAAAAUAAAAUAUAAUGUUGCUAAAGCAUAUUGAAAUUCACGUUAGAUUUAUAUGUUUCUUUCCACGUUCCGAAAUAUUGUCAAGGUAAAGGGGAAAAAUAAAAAUAUGAAUCACGAUAUUUCAUACUUUGUACAAAGUUGACUAAAUAUCGGGAAACAAUUUUUAUGGAUUAAUUUCUUCCGCACUAACCAAAUAGCUUAGGUACAUAUGAUAUAAAUUACACAUGUACACAUUCGUCAUAGUAAAAUUAUUAUGAUUUUAUCAAUUACUAUUUAUAUCCGCCAUGAAUACUCAAUCACAUACAUGCAUAUAUAUUUUAAAAGAAAAUAUUUGACUGUUAUAAAACGUAAAUUGAUGCAUACAAUUUAGAAAAAAUAUAGAUCACAUGUAUAAUAUGUACCCAUAUAACGUGAUUAGUGACAUGUAUAAAUAUUUAGAAUUAUUGAAUUAGUUACAUAAUUGUUGAAAGUCAUCCCAAUUACUUGCAAUCUAAUCGAGUGUCGAUAUUGAUCAGAGAAUAUGUAUAAUGGCAGUUCCUACAUGAAUAACAAGCAGAUUGCUUGUCCCUAAGAAAACCUUGUCUGGCAGUAUCUGCACCAAUGCUAUACGUUCUUUAUUUCCAUUCAGUACGCGAUAAUUAAUAACAAUUUAAUUGCUAUGCCAAAGAUUCUGGUCCUGAUGCAAAUGCUAGAUACUGCUUCCAUUAUUGUGAAUUAAAUGUUACUUAUUUGUAUAAUUUCAACGAUUUCCAAUAUACCUUGCGUAAGGUUUGAACAAGCCUGCGCUUAUUUUUGAUUGUAAGUGACGACCGAAAGCUGUUUAAGAUUUCAAGUUUCGAUCGCCGCGCUGAUUACCAGCUGAAGUGCAAAGUGGGAAAAUAUUUCAACGGGAAAUUGUUAAGACGGAUAAUGUUUUAGGAUAUAUCAAUACAUAUUGUAAUUGAAACAGUUACGAUUGAUCUGAUCUGAUGAACGAAUUACUUACUAAAGGGGUACAUGAAAUCAAAGCAUUGAAGAGUUGUUUGGUUGUUUUUUUUUUUUUUUUUCUCUUUUUCUAGUGCGUGCUUGUAGCUUAAAGAAAUAAUCAACAAUGAAUUUGGCUUGUUUCACGAAAUCUGUUUCACUCAGUAAGUGUAUAUCGAAAGAUGAAGAAAGAUGAGGGUAUCGGUGGAUAAAAAAUAUUUUUAAUCAAAUUUCCAAAAUUAACAAGGACCACAUGUACUUCCUCCAGUGAGUAAUUAGUCAUGUUAGGCUCGAAUCACAACUAUUAUAUCUGGUUAGGAUUAUUUAUAGGGACUCGUCGCAUCGCUGUGUGUGAAACUUAUACAUAUAUACAUAUAUUUACGUUGCAUUACGGUAAACUGUGGUUGCAUAUGAAUACACACAAUUGUAUCGCUCCUCGAAUCCAGGCUCUAAGUAGAAUUGUUGAUUAGGUAGCCAUUCGAUUCAUGCGUAAUGCGUAGAGAAUUUUAUGUAUCGAUCAUUCAGGUGUAUGUACACUUUGGUUUUCUUUUCUAAGAGUUAAGAUCACUAUUGUUUAAUAAUUAUACAUAUAAUAGGGUAUACAAUUAUUAAUACUAUAAAUACACUGUACGUACGAUAUGCAUAUAAAUAUAAUAAAUAUUUAACCACAUAUAAUACACAUGAUUAUAUGUUGAUGUGCAAUGAAAUUGUCAAUACAUGAAUAGGAUAUAAUCUG